CAAACAAAGAGAAGUUCAUAAAUGCAUUUUAGUGCUGUAGAUUACUUUGAAACUCGUAGUUUCUUUCAAUGCAAAGCGGUACCAUGUCAGAACUCUGUGAUCUGCAAGUUCGUAUCAAUGGCCAACAAACUUUCCUCCUCUCUGAGGGAAUCCUGUCCAAGUACUCAGGGAAGUUGAGAAAGAUAAUCAAACAAGAAAAGCGAAGGACCCAAAUCAGGAAUUCAGGGAUUGAGAUUGAUGAUUUUCCAGGAGGGCCUGACGGGUUUGAGCUGGUUUCAAGAUUCUGUUACAACAAUGGCAGCAUUCCAAUCACGGUUUCCAACGUUUCCCUCCUCCAUUGCUGCGCUGUGUUUCUUGGGAUGUCUGAGAAAGCAUCCCGCGUCAAUCUGUUGCAUCAGACUGAAGUCUUUCUUGAAGGGAUUUUCUACUGGUCUUGGAAUGAAAUCCUCACCUGCCUCAAGAACUGUGAGCCCUUUUUCUCCUGUGCAGAAUCCUGUGGCCUUGUUGAGAAGCUCUUGAGCUCUCUUCUUGCCAAGAUUGCGCAGAAUUCUGAUGUGAAUUUUCGUUCUGUUUCGUCGUCAUCGUCUUCAUCUUCUCCAGAUACCAUGCCUGGUUUAAGAUCACCACCUGUUUGUAAUAGGUCUUCAUCAAGAAAAGCUUGGGCCUGGUGGUUUCAAGACUUGGCCAUUUUGAGUCCAAAGAUCAUCGAGCAGUUCAUCAGGGCAUCGUGGGCUUGCGGUAGUGAUAACAACAAUUUAGUCCUCACAAGAUUUCUCAUACAUUAUCUGAAAACUGCCCUCCAUUCCAACGGCGGUAAAAGUGUCUUGAAAGAAUACAGUGGCCUAGCAGGAACAGCAGUAAAUGGUGUGGUUUCUAUGGGAAAGACUGCAUUUUCUUGUAGAGGACUGUUUUGGGUGUUGAGAAUCGUCUCCGGCUUCAGCCUGAGCAGAGAGCGGAGAACUGCAUUGGAGAGGCUGAUUGGCGGGAUGCUCGAUCAGGCAACUUUAGACGAUUUGUUGGUAUCCGGAGGGGGCAACGGAGAGGUCUACGAUGUGAAUCUUGUGGUCAGAUUGAUCAGACUGUUUGUUCAUUACAAUGAUAAAAUGUCCUUGCACAAGAUGAAGAAAGUUGGAGAGUUGAUUGACAUGUACUUGGUAGAGAUUGGUCCUGAUCCCAACCUCAAGAUUUCAAAAUUUGUUGGAGUUGCUCAGAGUUUGCCUGAUUUUGCAAGGGAUUCAUUUGAUCAAGUAUACAGAGCUAUUGACAUCUAUCUUCAGUCCCAUCCAGCUCUUUCCUUGGAGGAGAGAUCAAGGUUGUGUAGAUGCCUGAACUACGAGAAGCUAAGUCUGGAGACCUGCAAAGACCUUGCCGACAACCCAAGGAUACCUCCAAGAAUCGCGGUUCAAGCACUUGGAUACCAGCACGCGACCACUCAAACUAUGGAGUUUGUGAACGAUGUUGAUAGAUCAAGCCCGAGCAGCAGGAGCAAAGGUAGCAAUAACAGCAAUGACUAUCAGCUGGUGUUGUACAAAGGUAACGACAAUUACAGCAAGUCGGGCACGUUGUGCUCGCCGGAAGAAAUGAAAGUAAACCUGGAGAGAAUGCAGUGGAGGGUGGUGGAAUUGGAGAAAGUGUGCAGAGAAAUGCAGGGUCAUGUGGCGAGAAUGGUGAAGCUUGCCCCUCAACACAAUAGGCCACCGCCUAAAUUGUGUUGAUGACCUAUGUUAUGUUGUUCACACAUAAUUGCUUGACAUGUGGUGGUUCUUGUAUGUAGCUGCUAUAAAAAUAUGAAAAAAUGCGAAUCA